GCAACGUUGCAACCUUUCAAUCCCCCGUGGAGAGUACAAGAUCUCACCACGUCUGGUCAACUCAUUCCUUCUUUGUUUCCAUCAUCUCCCGCGUGAGCCCUUCACGGCGACUCCACGAGCCUUCUCCCUUCGACGUCUUAUAAUGAUUCUCUGUACGUCAAUCUGAGCAAGUCAUUAUAUCAAUUUCGCCUUUCAGGCUCUCCUUUCUCCGAUUCUUCCUUUUCAAUCAGCUUCUCGUUUACAUUUCUUAUAAACGUCUAUCUCCACACGAAAACAACCUUUCCAGUCCUUCUCACCACCUCCACCAUGUCUCUCUUCGAGCGCACUACAAGAGAGUGCUCGACUAGACCUCCGCGACUCCAGCCAUCGCCUUCCCUGCCAAAUUUACGACCAAGUCCGCGAGAGAUGGUUACAUCUCGCCACGUGGCUCCCCCGCAAUCAUCAAACUUGCGUAAUUCGGCUUCUCCAGUACCCCCGCAGCCCUCUACUACCAAGGAUGCCAGUCGUUCAAAGACUUAUUCCAGGAAGCCUACGACAACAAGUCAUUACCUUACCCCACCUCUCACCCCAUCGUCAUCUCUUCAGAGCGAUGGCACCGAUUUUGAAUCAACAGAUUCCAACGUUCCCAUUGCUGAUCUGAAGGGUCUCACCCUCGCUGAUUCUGGUCCCGAAAGCAACCAGCACAGCAGGUUUCUGAUCAUCGGAAAUGCACCUAAUGAUCUGUCCGAGGAUGUCAUCACUCAAUAUUUCAAGAGUCUUUCAUCUCCUACCAUCACUAGCCCUAGGGCGCGUUCCAUCCGCCACUUUCCGUCACAAACGAUCCAAAAAAUUUUCCGUAGGACUCCGGAAAAUCGGGAUUUUAUAGUGGCAUUUUAUGACGUACGCGAUGCUGAACGCGCAAAGCGUAUCAUCGAGUCAAGGGCGUCUAAGCGGAUGCAAGAUGAUGGUAAGACCAUCCCGAGUGCGCAAGCUACUGGUGUUGCUUGGCAAGAGACGUUAACAUGCUGUCUUGCGGAAACUGGUCAUUGUGCAGAGCUUCUGGGCACUUUGUCGCCCGUUUUUAUGACGCGAACAGAGGGCGCCUUCUGUAUAUCUAUUAAUGAUACUUCGCCUACUCCCGAUUUCUCUGCUUCUCGAACCCAGAGGCAUUUUGCUAUUCCAGUCAAAAUCAGGAGUGUAUUGGCAAAAUUUGGGGACGUCAAGGCCUUCAACUGUAUUAACGAAGACAUCGAGAGCUCUACUCAGAUCUUUCGAGUGGAAUAUUUUGAUGUCCGAGAUGCGGAUGCAGCUUGGGAGGAGCUGGACGGACGUGUCGUGGAUAGCAUGAAACUUCGUCUUUUCAGCAGGGCAUCCUUACGCGAUUAUUCGGCAGAAUCUCAGAAGGAAGUCUCGUCAUUUAAUAGAGAAUGCGAAAUCGGGGGCGAACAUGCCGCGGAGCCGAAGACACCCACGGCGACUACUUAUUUAUCGCAAUCGCAAGCCACGUCUAACCCAGCUGCAAUUCCAUUUCCCGUCUUGAAUGACGUCGGUGCAGUCAAACGUUGAAAGACAGAAGGAGAUCCACAGCAGGGCCUCACGACAUUCACCCCGUUCAUCAUUCUCAUAGCCGCGGUGAAUCCACCGAUAUCAACAUCAUUGACAACUCCGUCG